CUACUAAGCAACUUGCGACCAGCCCAUUGCAACACUGUUCCAGGCUCGGCGCUGGGUCGCUGGCGUUUGUCAUUAUUGUUGCCCUUUGAGCCUGAGCGCGCAUGACAGGCCGCAACCGCGGGUCAGACGGGUCAGGAGCGCCUAAUGCUCAGGCCGCAGCAGUAGCGGGUGCAGACGCGGCUGGCGGCACCGACUGCCGCCAACGCCCACCGCCCACGCCCCCUUCAACGCCCGUGGGCGGCGCGGCAAGCGGCGGCGGCGGCGAGCAUGCAGCCUCUGCGCAAGCAUGGAGUGGCGGCGGCGGUGACGGCCAGCUGCGCCGGCGGCGACCGCAGCAGGGCUGCAGCAGCAAUAACAGCAUGCCAGGUGGCGGAGGCGACGGCAGUCCAGGACACGGCAGCAGCAUCCUCGGGAACGCCACCGCUGCUACAGCCAGCGCUGCUCCUCCGCCCUUCUUCGGCGGCGGCAGCGGCGGCGGCGGUGGUUUGUUCAGCAGGCGGCGGCAAUUGACCCCCACGAUGCGGCUGCUGGGCCUAGCCGCGGCUGUAGCAUUGCUGGUGGCACUGCCACUCGGCACCCGCGGCCAGUCGCACGACAGUGCCACCACCACAACCAGUGGCGGCAGUAGCAGCUUCAACGGCAGUAGCAGCUUCAACGGCAGUAGCAGCGGUGGUGGCGGUGGCGGCGGCACGGCACUGUUUGGGGCAGUGGUGGGGGAUGGGCUGGCUGGCGAUGCUACUGCUGCGGCGCCACCUCGGAACGGAGCAGCAGCAGCGGCGGUGGCGGACGUCGGCAGUAGCAGCAGCGCCGACGGUGCCUCCAACAACAGCGGCGCUGACGGCUGGAGCACUGGCACUGGCAGUAGCAGCAGCGACAGCAGCUCGGCGGUGCUGGAGCUGCUAGGCGGCUACUGGCCGGCACCGGAGGUCGACAUUAUUAACGGCGGCGCCCCCGCCCCCGCCCCCGCCCCUGCCGCCAACCGGACUGCCACCACCGGGAACACGACUGCUGUGGCGGCCGGCGGUCCCACACCGCCUGCUGCACAGCCCAUCGCCACCGCCACUGCGCCGCCCAGCAUGGCGCAAUCCGCAAACCCCGAUGGCGGAGGCAGCAGCAGCGGCGGCAGUAGCAGCAGCAAUGGCAGUAGUAGUGGCAGUAGCAGUGGCAGUGGCAGUAGCAGUGGCGGCGGCGGCGGCUGCCUGGCCUCCAAGGACGCGGCUCUGGGGCGACUGGACAAGGCACUGCGUGGGGCGCCGGGGCGGUGGUCGGUGGCGGAGGGGGCCGUGGAUUGGGGGUUCCUGGGAGACGACGUGCCGGACUGCACGCCCAACUGCGCCUUCACCAACCCCAACUCGCCCUACGGACUCACUCUGCUGCCGCCGCCGCCCGUGUCCGUGCUGCCGCCCGCGGCGCUGCAGCAGGCGGCGGGCGGCGGUGACGGCGGCGCGGGAGGCAUGGGCAUGCGAAUGGCAAAGCGGGUGGAAAACCGAUUGCAGGACCGGAGGUCGGGCGCUGGCGGCAGUAGCAGCGGCAGCAGCAGCAGUAGCGGCAGCGACGGCCGCCCCGCCCUCGCAGCAGCGGCUGCCGCGAUGACGGCUGGCUCCGGCGCCAACGGCGGCGGCCCCGUCAGCCGACGAGUGGGCGAGCUACGGCAAUCCGCCGCCGACCUGACACCGGGCGGCGGCGGCAGUAGCAGCGACGGCGGCGCCGUCACGCCGCCGUCGCUUGCGAACUACACCGGCAGUAGCGGCGUGCCGGGUCGCGGCCCCAUCUACCAGCUACUGCCGCAAGAGGUGCUGGUGGUGGCGGGCUGUGCGCCGCCGGCCGAGGCGUCCGCCUACUUCGCAGCCACGCCCUACCUGCACAGCGCGUGGAGCGACACGCAGCGCAAGUGGAUCCCAGUGUUUGGCUCCAUGGGCGACUCCGCCUCCCUCUUCCGCCGCGAGCGGCUCGGCGGCGGCAACCUCACAAACAACAUUCCCGCGCAGCAGCAGGACGCCGCUGGCGCGCCCGCCGCGCUGCUGCCGCUGCCGCACGGCCGCCUGGCCACCUUCCCGCUGCGUAGCCCGGAGGAGCAGCGGCAGCGGCAGGAGAUGCUGCAGGCCGCUGGCAGCGGCGGCAGUGGCGGCGGCGGGAUUGGUGGGAUUGGUGGCGGCGCCCUCGGCGGCGGCGGCGGCGGCGGCCUGGUGGCAGCGGCGCUGGAGGCGCUGCAGCAGCGCCGUGUUGCACGCCUUGGUGGCGGCGGCGGCGGCGGCGGCAUUAGCAGCAGCAGUAGCAGCACUGGGGGCUCAAUGGCGCAAUCGGCUGACACCAACAACGCUGCUGCCGUCCAACAGCAGCAGCGGCAGCAGCAGGUGCUACAGCCGCCGCCGCCGCUGCAGUACGCAUCCGAGUUCGGCGGCUUCUUUGUGGUGGCUAUGACCGCCUCUCCCGCCGCCGCCGCUGCCGUCGUGCAGCUGCUACAGCCCGCCCUCGACACCAUCGCAGCGCCGCCGCCAGUGCCUUCUCCUCCUGCUACAGCCGCCUCCAAUGCCUCAAGCGGCAACGUUACCGAUGGUGCUACAGCUGCAGCGGUCACGAUCCUGCCCAUCCCCGGCCCCGAGUUCGCUGACGGCAUCGGUCUGGAUCCAAAAUCCAAUUACUACAUGCUCCUGCUCAGAUCCAUCGUUCCGGACGGCGCCCUGGCGCCGUACUUCCGUCCGUACGCGGCGGCGGCGCCGCUACGCGCCUGGCGGCUGACGCCGCUACAGCCGCUGCCGCCGGUGCCGCCGGCGCCCACGCUGGGCAUGGCGGCGGCGGCGGCGGCGGCGGCCUCCGGCGCCGGCGGCUUGUGGGCGGAUGAGGGGCUCGGCGGCGCGCUUGGCGGCGGUGGCCUGCUGGCGGCGGCGGGUCUGCGUCGCCGCGGCGGCAGCGCUGGCAACGGCAGCGGCCCGGCGGGCGUCAGCACGCGCAUUGGCGGGCUGCCGGACACGUUGGGGGCUGGUGGGUCCGCUGCGGCGGACAGCGGCGGCGUGGUGACCGCGUUUGCGGACGCGCCCGUUGCUGUGCUGGCAGGCGAUCGCUUCGGUAUGCCGCGUGUGAUCGCUCGGCAGCCCGCGCCGCCGUCCCUGCCGCCGCCGAGAUCCUCGUCAGCAGCCGCCAACGCCAGUGCUACAGCCGCUACGGCUGCGCCAGCGGCACCGCCGCCGCCGCCAGCACCGCCGUCGCCCGUCGCCUCGCCCAGGCGGAUGCUGCUGUCGUCGCAGCAGUCGGGCGACGACCAGCUCCAGCCACUGGCGACAGAGCAGGCGUUGGCACUGCUCUUCAACGCCACCGAAGUUUCCACUGAGGCACUGCCGCCUGACGCCGCAGCCGCCGCCGCCAUCAGUACUGAUGCCGACGCAGCCGCGGUAGCGGCGGCAGCAUUAGCAGACGCAGCGGCAGCAGCUGUACAGGACCUGCCAGCAGUACCGUCAGAUGCCGCCGACACCAACACCAGCACCAGCACCAGCACUAACAAUACAAGCAACGGCACAAGCACCGGGCCUCACGCCAACGGCACUAGCAGCAGCAGCAGCCCACGCGCGCACCCUCAGCAGCUGCCGGCAGCGGCGGUGGGGCUACAGCCGCGCUUUGCCGAGUCGUGGCUACAGCCGGCGUUUCAGUUCCUGCAGCAGCGGGUGCAGGAGACCUUCCAGACCGACUACGCAAUGGCCUGGAGCGUCACCACGGGCUCGCCGCUGGGGUCGCUGGACCCGCCCAUAGACUGGGGGCUGCAGUGCCUGGAGCAGAUGAUUGACUACUGCAACGGCGACAACCGUGACGCCACCUACAUCUCCAGCUUCCCCUACGUCACCAUGAACAGGCCCAGCGCUCUGGCAGUGGCGGUGGGGGCGCACCACGUGCUAACCGGCACGUCCUCCUACAUCAAUAUCGCGCUCACGGACCCGCUGCAGCGCCUGGGGCUGCAGGCCUUCGACGGCUCCCAGCUGUACGGCAGCGCUGCGCCGUACCUGGCCGGCACGCCGUACGAGCCGUACAGCCCGUACCUGUUUGUUGGCAUGUUCGCACGUGACUGCGGCGCCCGGCCGUACUGCCGUACGGUGGCCACCACGGGCCCCCGCAGUGCGCCGCUGGCUCGCAACCUGGUGGCCACCCUGCGCGCGUACGUCAACCCCGCCACGGGCGUGGGCCCCGACCCCGCCGACCUGCUCAUGUUCGUGACCGCCAACCUGGUCCCGCGGGCCGAGGCGCGGGUGGCGGACACGCGGCCGCGCCCCGCCGACCCCGCCCUGUUCGCGCGGGACGGCUGCGCCAGUGCGCUGCUGGGGCAGGUGCUGUGUGCGCAGGGGCCGGACGAGGCGUGCUGCAAGCAGGUGGAGAAAUGGAGCGACACGGGGUGCUGGUGUCUGGACAGCGGCAAGGCGCUGCUGGCGGCGCUUGGGCCGGUGCAGGGUCGCGCGCUGCUCACAGCCACCGCCCGCCUGUGCCGAGCCACACGGCCCGCCAUAAACCUGGCAGAGUGCUGAUGAGAUCGGUGUAACGGGUUGGUUGGUGGUUGCGAUUGUUGACGUGUUUGGUAUGGGUAUUUAUGGUGGUGGUGAUGGUGGUCUGGGUGAAGAGCACGCGGGGGUGUGGUGGAGCCGUUGCUGCGGGGGCGGACAUGGGGCAUGGACCUGGUAGGGUUUUUGAGUCGCGGUGCAGCCACGGUGUGCUGGCGCGUGUGCGGCGGUGUUGGGGCACGGCGUGUGCGAGGCAGGACUGGUGAUGAAGUGUGGGCGCGGGCGCACGCGGUGACCAGUGGAGAUUGCAUUGGCUACAAGAGAAACCCGAACGUGGAAAACGAUCACCCUGCUCUGGACCCGCGUGCCGCCCCUGGGGAGGCGAGGUGGAGGUGAGCCGCCGGCUGCCAAUAUGGGUGUGUGAGGGUGUGUGGGUGUGUUAACCCAGCCAGGGGGAAUGCGGCAGGCGGCUAUGUAGCGACCAUGCAUGUGCGCAAGGGUGUGUUGUGUUGAAUUAUUGCGUUGUGUUGUGUUGUGUUGAGUUGUGUUGUGUUGUGUGGCAUGUACGAGCGGGAGGCGCGAGAGCGGCGAACAACAUGCGGCGUACUGUGACCCUUGGUGCGUUUGUUGCAGUCGGCCCGAAGAUGAGACAGAUGGGUGGGGCCGUGUGCAGCUGUGAUGCCGAACUGCAGGAGGUUUUUGCUUGGGGGAUGGACAGGGAACAACCGGGGCACGGUGGUGGCUGCGGAUUGGGCUUGCUGCGUGAAGCCGCGCGAACAAGCAUCGGUAGGAAGUCGGACCCAAUGGGUUCCCUUGUGUUCGGUCGGGAUCUUUCUGCAGGAGCUCGGCUCGGGGGUUGGAUGUGAGUGAAGGUCCCUCGGCGGCUCGGCCCCUUGCCACCUGCCCUGGGGCUCUGUAAUGCAGUGGACUG